GUGGCUUGGCUGUGGAGGGUGGUUCACAAGCCUGGAUCAGUUGGGCGCUCACGUGACCAGAGUUCAUGCGGGUGCCGGUGAAGGCGGACUCUUCUACUGCGGCUGGGAGGGAUGCUCCAGGGCUGAGAGAGGCUUUAACGCCAGGUACAAAAUGCUAGUCCACGUGCGAACUCAUACCAACGAAAAACCUCAUCAGUGUUAUCAAUGUGAUAAAAGUUUCAGUAGAGCAGAAAAUCUCAAGAUCCACGCGAGAUCUCACACAGGUGAAAGACCGUACAUUUGUCCGGUGCCGGGCUGCGGCAAGGCUUACUCCAAUUCAAGCGAUCGUUUCAAGCACACACGCACACAUUCGGUGGAUAAACCGUACAUGUGCAAGGUGGCCGGCUGUCCAAAACGCUACACGGAUCCAAGCUCGCUCCGAAAACAUGUCAAAACUUACAGGCAUUUCCCCAACCAACAGGCUAACCAAACCG